AUCUUCUCGGGCCUGAUGUCAGCUUUCCCUUCUUAGAUAAACUUCGACCCGGACAAAGAAGCGGCUGUCCGUUCGACAUCCUAUCUACAACCAUCCGUUUCCUCGCCCAUCAGCUGGGGCAGGCUGAGCCGAAUCCAUAAGCGAGAGAGGCCACGCCGCACACCAGCCCCCUGAUCGCUCUUAUAUGGCCGAGGUUGACGUCUGCACACGGGUAUGCGCUUCCAUGUGGUCGGGGUGGGCGCUGUCGGCAGCCUGCUUGCCUUCCACCUCAAACGCAGCUCUCGACGGCUCCUCGCCGCCACCGCAGCGACGCUACCUGGCCUCGGUGGCAACAGCGGCACCAGCGGCACCAGCGGCAGCGAUAGGAGCGACGAAGCGCAGCGGUACCUGCGCUCGCUGCCGGCGCCGCAUGCCCUGCCCUAUCUGCCGCCGCCGCACGAACAGGGCAUCGUGCUUCGCAUGCGCAAGUUUGCCUAUGCCUCAAGAGCAAUACGGCGCUCCGACGCCAGCGUCGCUGUUCAGCGCGACGAUGUCUGGGACAAGGAGACGGCAUUCGCGGUCAUCCACGACGGUGACGACUACAGCGGGAUACCGAGCUCGACCGAGCCAGGCACAAAGCUGCCAAGGGACAGCGAGAGCCAGACGGUGGAAUGGGGGCGAUCUUACUGCCAGCAGGCCGGCUUCGGAACAGAGGAAGCCAUCGACAGCAUCAUUGUCGCGACAAAGGCGCAGAACGUCCUCGGUGCCCUUCAGCCAAUCUCGCAGCACAUUACUCGCGCCACGACGAUUGUCCUGGUGCAAAACGGACAGGGCGUCUUGGAUCUGCUCCUCGAACGACUGUUCCAGAACCCAGAGACGAGGCCAAACUUUAUCCUGGCGAGCAAUACCCAUGGUGUCUUUCGAAAGGGCCAGCUGCAUGUGCUCCAUACAGCCUUUGGGCGACUGGACUUUGGCAUCGUGCCAAACGCGUACACGGGCAACGACUACGAGAAGCUGCUUGCGAAACAGAACGAUGGAGAGGGGGACCGAAGUGGGCAAGGGGAGGAUGAGAAGAAGGAGGAGGGGCAAGGGAGAGGGAUACGAGCCGAAGAUGGGAGUGACAGCGAGGGCAGUCGACAGAACGAAUGGGAGGCUUUCCUCCCCAAAUCUGCGCAAGCAAGAAGACGGAUAGAGAGGGCGAGAGAGCGAAGCGCAGGGAUACCCAAUGCACCGUUGCUCGACGUCGGCGCGAUUCCAGACCUCCCGGAGACGCAGACGCUGCGAGCAACAGUGGCGAUGCUCCUCAAUCUGCCCCUUGACGUGCACUGGCAUCCGAUCCGAGGCCUGCAGAUGAUCGCGUUGCGGAAACUCGCAGUGAACGCCUGCAUCAAUCCCUUGACGGCGCUGAGCGAGGUCGAAAAUGGCCAGCUGCUCGGGAAUGGAUCGGCAGAAGAAGCCAUGCGUGACGUCUGCACGGAAGCCAGCCAGGUGCUCGAGGCCCAGAUCCUUCGUUCGCACCACGCAGCCCUGGCUCGCGACACGGAGCGCGAGGCGGGACAGGAAGGCGGCGAGGAGCAAGCAAAUGAAGACGUGCGCGACCUCAUGUUGACGCCCACUUCGCUUCCAGGCUACUCGUCGCAGACGGGCGUGCCCGCGCUGGACCCUUCACUGCGCGCCGGUGCGCUUUUGGCAGAGGCCAAGCGCGUCGCUCGUCUCACGGCCCGCAACAAGUCAAGCAUGCUGCAGGACGUCAUGAAUGGCGCAAAGACGACCGAGAUCCAGUUCAUCAAUGGCUACCUUUCCCGUCUUGGCAGGUCCUUUGGCAUCCCGACGCCGGUCAAUGAUCUCCUCGUCAAGCUUGUCAACUUUAAGAUUUCAAAGAAUUCGGCGCCGGGGGCCAGGAGCCGCUACCCUCGAAGCGGCCUAUGAGUUUCAGCUCCUUCAUACCAUUGAACCACGUCUUCGCUUAUAAUUCAUCAUCGUCAUCAUCGUCAUCAUCAUCAUCAGGAUCGCCUACAGCAUCUUAGACAAUCACCUCUCUUUCGUGCUCACUCUCUCCCAAUCCGCAAUACUGUAUUGUUGUAUAGCAGAAAACAAUGCAUCUCUUCACAAA